CUAAGACGAUAUUGAUUGUCAUUUUCUGAGUCAUUGAAAGCCGUUAGCCCGAUCACAUGUCUCCAAUGUGCAGCAAACAUGUGUUAAAAACGAGAAACAAGCUAAGUUUAAUCUUCAAUUCCAAAUCGAAUGGAUUACCCAGGUUCAUCAAUCCGAUACCGGAUCUCAUAGGAUCUUGUAAGAUCCGACCAGCCGACAAAAUCCUACACUGUAAAAAAAAUUCGUGGAAUAAUAAACCCUAGUACUUUAGGAAAAUCUUCCUAAACCCUUAAAGGGUUUAUGCUGGUGUAUUAAACCCUUAAAGGGUUUUUGUGCGAAAGGGUUUCUGAGAAAAAGGGUAUUUGAAAAUAAAAAGGGUUUAUGACUAGUGAAGAAGGGUUUAUGAUUAGUGAAGAAGGGUUUAUUGUUCUACGCUUUCGUAAAAAUGGUUUAUUAUUCUACGGCCCAGAGUUAAUUGUUCUACCCUUUCAUGAAAAGGGUUUAUUAUUCUAUGGUCAAGGGUUUAUUGUUCUACCUUUUCAUGAAAAGGGUUUAUUAUUCUAUGGUCAAGGGUUUAUUGUUCUACCUUUUCAUGAAAAGGGUUUAUUAUUCUACGAUCAAGGGACUAUUGUUCUGCCCUUUCAUGAAAAGGGUAUAUUAUUCUACGGCCAAGGGACUAUUGUUUUACCUUUUCAUGAAAAGGGUUUAUCAUUCUACGGCCAAGGGUUUAUUCUUCUACCUUUUCAUGAAAAGGGUUUAUGAUUCUACGGCCAAAGGUUUAUUGUUCUACCUUUUCACGAAAAGGGUUUAUUAUUCUACGGUCAUGAGUUUAUUGUUCUAUCUUCUCAUGAAAAGGGUGUUUUAUUUUAUAUUCGAGAAUAUAUCAACAUUCCUUUUGAUUAAAAGUUUUUGUUCUAUGUUCAAGGGGAUAUUAGUAUGCUUUUUCAUGAAAAGCUUCUUGUUCUAUGAUAUAAAAAAUAACUUUUCUACUUUUGGAUGUUGACUAUUCUUUGAUUAUUGUAAAAUUUUGGCAUUAGCAUGACGCACGCGUACUGAGAAGUGCAUCAUAAUGCACUUUACUAACUAUUCUAUUAACUUUGUUUCCGAACAUCAGCCAAAUUCUUGAUAUCAGCAAUUUCGAUUGGAUAAAAAAAAGGAUAUGAAUCGUCUUUUAUAGCAUUUGUGUUACUGAUAUUCUGAUAUUGAAUUUAUUGAGAAAAAUUUUUAAAAAUUAUUUUACAUAAAAAAAUAACUCGGUUCGUAUUUGGAGAUCUUUUUAAAGUUUUAUAUUUUGCGACGAUUUAUUCUAAGGAAUCAAUUUAAAUAAUAACAAAAAAAGUUUCAAAAAAAUUAUUAUUGUAUGCAUUAAGAUAAUUUUGAUCGUUGCGCAUUCUAAAAAAUUAUUUUCAUACAAAAAAAAAGAUUUUAUCGUAAUCUUAAAUUAAAAUUCAAUUUUAUGUAAGAUGUUAAUAGAUAAAUUAAAUAAAGAUGAAAAGUAAUAUUCUUAAAAAAGAUAAAUAUUUUCAAUUAAUUUUUUUCUUGUAUAAAAAUGUUAAAGCGAAUAAAUAUAAAUGAAUUUCAGCUUAAAUUAUUAUAAUAUAAAUACUUGUUACGAAACCUAUUUUUUAACAUUAAACUUAAAAUUAAAUUAAAAUUAUUCAUUAUUUAUAUUUGACUUGUAUUAAAUCAAAGUAAAGCAAACUUAUAUUUCUUUCGUUAAGAUUUUUUCUCAAAAAAACUUGGUGAACGUAAAAUUAUUUUGUUCUAAUUGGAAUAAAUAUAAAUUUAUUUUAGUUUUCAUGUACUACAAAUUCAAUGUUCUUCUUCAGAAUAAGAUUUACACGAUAUAAAAUGAUUUCGAAGUAAAACAAAAUAGUUUUAACAUUCAUCAAGUGUUUUCGAAAAAAGUCUUAACAAAAUAAAUAUAAAUUUCUUUCACUUUAAUUUAAUACAAGUCAAAUAUAUAUAAUUAAUAAUUUCAUUUUUUUAAUUGUCAGUCUAAUGUUAAACAAAAUAUCACUUAAUAAAAAAAUGCCCAGUUUAUAAUAAAUUAAUUUAUGUAGAAUGAUAUGAUAGUCUCAGCAUAUUUUCACACGAGUUGGCCAGAAUAAUCAAUAUAUUGUGGAUAUAUAGCACACAAGCAUUUUUUGGUUUGCUAAUCGUGAAUACUUUUUUUUCUAGUCACCAUCAAGUCUAUAUCCAUCAAUGGUGUUUACUGAUAAUACAAUCACUGUGUUUACAGAUUUUCUUUCAAUUAUUUCAACAACAUCAUCUGAUGAUGGAUUAGCACUUGUACUAGCAAUGUAUGUCGUUUUCGAACUAAAUUUUCUUAAAAAUGGUCGAGCAAUACUAUUUUUAUAUGCAAUCAUGUUUGGUGAUACAAGAUAUUUAUCAAAUAAAAUGCGUAGUCUAAUCAAGGAAAAGAAUAUUGAAAUUUAUACUGAACAAAAUCGAAAAAUCUGUGAAAGUACAAAUUUGGUUUCAAAUAGUCACUCAGCUGUUACUAAUGAUACUCAAUCUUCAUCACAAGCUAGUUCUAAUUUAUUAUCUGCUCCACUUGAUGAUGUUUAUCUAUUACAUAAUAAUAAUUUAAACAUCAGUACAACUAUUACAUCUACAGAACUUGAUGAUAUGAAUCGAAAAUCUUCAUCCAAUGUUGAUUGUCAAAAAAAUCUGAAUAUUUUUCAACAAAAAUCGUAA